GAAAAAGCUUCCCUCUAACUAACUUUCCCGCUCCAAAAUGAGUACCAUUCGAAUUUACCUUUCAAAACAAUCACAUCCUAAAAAUGCUGAUAAACAUUUCAACCUCAAAAAUCCCUCAAAUGUCUCUGCCAAAACUCUGUGUCUUACAAUCCUCCAUUCAGAUUCAGCAAAGCUAGUUUUACCCACCUCGAAAAUGCCUUCAAUUUCAUCAUUGCAUUCUUAUUUAUCAAUUCAUCCAGUUUAUAUUGCCUUAGCAUUGAUUUUUGUUACCUCCAUCUCUCCCUUGGAUGCUGUUAAUAAUAAUGGCUUCUCUGCAAAAAAUGUAAUUGACUCGCGUCUCUUGACACAAAAGAUUGGCACCAACCGCACAAUAACGGUUGACAUUAGUGGAAAAGGGGACUUCAAAUCCGUUCAAGCUGCUAUUGAUUCUGUUCCUGAAGGGAAUUCUAAUUGGAUUGUCGUCCAUCUCAGGAAAGGGGUUUACAGAGAAAAGGUGUACAUACCUCCUAACAAACCCUAUAUAUUCCUGAGAGGCAAUGGAAAAGGGAAGUCGGCCAUUGUCUGGUCCCAUAGCUCUGUUGACAAUUAUGAAUCCGCCACUUUCAAAGUUGAAGCUCCGAACUUCAUUGCCUUUGGUAUAAGCUUCAAGAAUGAGGCUCCCACUGGCAUUGCUUAUACCUCACAAAACCAGUCUGUGGCAGCACUUGUGGGUGCGGACAAGGCUGCGUUCUACCAUUGUGCAUUCUUCAGCACCCAUAACACUCUCUUUGACUACAAAGGCAGGCACUACUAUGAUGCUUGCUACAUUCAGGGCUCUAUUGACUUCAUAUUUGGCCGUGCCCAAUCAAUCUUUCAUGUGAGUGCUGCUCAUUUUAAUAUCCAGUUAAGAACACCUUUCAGCGUCAGUGGAUUACACCUCUGUUACAAAAUUGAAAAUCUGGCUACUCCACAUGCCCUUGUUGAAUAUCAAUGUAUAAAAUCGAAAUCGACCAAGAAUUUAAAGCAACUGAACUGUGAGCUCUUUGUGAUCGGAGACAAAAGGAUUGAGAUCCGUGGAUCUGUCACAGCUCAGAACAGGCAUAAUGCAAGCGAAAACAGUGGAUUCGUUUUCAUUAAAGGAAAGGUUUAUGGUAUUGGAGAUGUGCACUUGGGUAGAGCAAAAGGAGCCCAUUCUAGGGUGGUUUUUGCAAACACUUAUUUGUCCAAUACCAUAGUACCUCAAGGGUGGACCAACUGGAGCUAUGCCGGCAAUACAGAAAACCUUUACCAAGCAGAGUAUAAAUGCCAUGGACCAGGGUCUGCUUCGAACAACCGAGCCCCAUGGUCUAAGCAACUCAGUGACAAAGAAGCUGCCCCUUUCCUGUCAAUAGAUUUCAUCAAUGGCAAGGAAUGGCUGCCGGCAUGGCUUUGAAGUGAAUCUUUUGUAAGGAAUGGAUGCCUCUAGCUGUGUUCAAACCAAUACAUAGUUUACGACUGAGUGUCAAAUGAAUUUGUUAUCAUUCUGAUUUUUUCCAUAUAGAUUUCAUCAAUUCAAGGCCAAGAAACGGCUGCUGGCAU